ACGGCGGCUCGGCGGGGUCAUCCGAGCGCAGGCGCAGUGCGGUGUUUGUCUGCCGACUGACGGACGGCCCGGCGGUGCGCGGCGGCGGCGGCGGCGGCGGGGAAGAUGGCGGCGUCUUCCCUGGAGCAAAAGCUGUCCCGCCUAGAAGCAAAACUGAAGCAGGAGAAUCGGGAGGCCCGGCGGAGGAUUGACCUCAACCUGGAUAUCAGUCCCCAGCGGCCCAGGCCCAUUAUUGUGAUCACUCUAAGCCCUGCUCCUGCCCCGUCCCAGCGAGCAGCCCUUCAGCUCCCGCUUGCCAAUGAUGGGGGCAGCCGCUCACCGUCCUCAGAGAGCUCCCCACAGCACCCCACACCCCCCGCCCGGCCCCGCCACAUGCUGGGGCUCCCGUCAACCUUGUUCACACCCCGAAGCAUGGAGAGCAUCGAGAUUGACCAGAAGCUACAGGAGAUCAUGAAGCAGACCGGCUACUUGACCAUCGGGGGCCAGCGCUACCAGGCAGAAAUCAAUGACCUGGAGAACCUGGGUGAAAUGGGCAGUGGCACCUGUGGCCAGGUGUGGAAGAUGCGCUUCCGGAAGACAGGCCAUGUCAUUGCUGUCAAGCAAAUGCGGCGCUCGGGGAACAAAGAGGAAAACAAGCGCAUCCUCAUGGACCUGGAUGUGGUGCUCAAGAGCCACGACUGCCCCUAUAUUGUGCAGUGCUUUGGCACUUUCAUCACCAAUACAGAUGUCUUCAUUGCCAUGGAGCUCAUGGGCACCUGUGCAGAGAAGCUGAAGAAGCGGAUGCAGGGCCCCAUUCCUGAGCGCAUCCUGGGCAAGAUGACUGUCGCGAUUGUAAAGGCGCUGUACUAUCUGAAGGAGAAGCAUGGUGUCAUCCACCGGGACGUGAAGCCCUCCAACAUCCUGCUGGACGAGCGGGGCCAGAUCAAGCUGUGUGACUUCGGCAUCAGUGGCCGCCUUGUGGACUCCAAGGCCAAGACCAGGAGCGCGGGCUGUGCUGCCUACAUGGCAGUGAGUAGGCCCCACAAGGCCUGGCUGGGGGCUGGUCUUUCUCUCGGGGUACAUCCAUCUCUUGUCCCGCCCUGCAGCCCGAGCGCAUUGACCCCCCAGACCCUACCAAGCCUGACUAUGACAUACGAGCCGACGUGUGGAGCCUGGGCAUCUCGUUGGUGGAGCUUGCCACGGGACAGUUUCCCUAUAAGAACUGCAAGACGGACUUUGAGGUCCUCACCAAAGUCCUCCAGGAAGAGCCCCCACUCCUGCCCGGCCACAUGGGCUUUUCAGGGGACUUCCAGUCCUUCGUCAAAGACUGCCUUACUAAAGAUCACAGGAAGAGACCAAAGUAUAAUAAGCUACUUGAACACAGCUUCAUCAAACGCUAUGAGAUGCUCGAGGUAGACGUGGCGUCCUGGUUCAAGGAUGCCAUGGCGAAGACUGAGUCGCCGCGGACUAGUAGCGUCCUGAGCCAGCACCACCUGCCUUUGUUCAGGUAGCCAUGUGGUGUUGGCCAGCCCUGCAAGGGCCCAGGGGCAUGGCCACAGGCCCCCUUCCCCACCUGGCCAUCCAGCUGCCCACCAGGGCAGACCUAGGACCUGGACAGCUGCUGAGGGCCAAGGACAGAAAGUAGGGGGCACCCACCUACCCCUGACUCCCUGCCCACCAGCUGUGGACAGAAGCGCCUGCUGGGCCCCAGCCCUUCCCACCCCAGGGUCAGCCAGCCUUGUGCAUCCCCCUGACAGACACUGUGAACGGAAGAUGGCAGGCCGAGAGCAGACUCACUAUUUAUUCAUUAUAACCUCUGGGCUGGGGUGGCCGCAGGGGCAUGGAGAGAGCCCCCUUGCCCACCCCACGCUCCUGGCAUCUGUCCAUGCACACGCUUGCUCUCCAUCCCCCUCUGUCCUCUCUCUGUCUCUGUCUGGUGUUCCCCAUCUCCCUCCCUGGGCGCUGACACCCAUGGCCCGGUCCACCAAGACCUCCUGCAGUCCUUGCCCUGGGAAGGCCAUGGGGGCAUUGUGACUGCAUCUGGGGCUAGGAUGGUCUCUCUCUCUCUCUCUCUCUCUCUCUCUCUCUCUCUCUCUCUCUCUCUCUCUCUCUCUCUCUCUCUCUCCCCCCCUCUCUCUCUCUCUUUGAUCUCAGGGGGUCCUUUUUGGAGUUUAUUGUAUUUUAUUGUACUUGGUGGGGUAUUGGGGGGAGGGGGGAGGAGAGCUUGUCCUCAUGGGGUGUCGGUACCUUCAGAAACUUUUACCAAAGUCAUGUUUAGCUGCUUGUGGUGAGGCCCCCUGCCUUGGCUGCUGGGGUCUUAAGGCAGGGCAAGCUGGAGGGUUCCCGGGGCUCCUCUCCAGAGGCUGGCCACUGGCCACAGCUGGGAGGUGAGUUGAAAGAGCUCAGGCGGCCCAGUGGGAGCCCAGAGGCUGUGGCCACACAGGAUGGCCUUCAGGGAAGCUGAUGAGGGGCACAGCACAGAGCAGCAAGCGGCAGGGACGCAGUUGGAGAGAGCUUAUGACAGGAGGGGGCCCUCGAGAGGGGGGUCCGGAGGGAAUCAGGGACUGGGGGUGAGGAGAGUGGGUGCGAAGGUUGGAGGAUGUGUGAGAGGGAUGAGGGGAGACAGGCUUGAGUGCAGGGGGAGGCCGUGGGGGAGGGAGAGUGGGUGACCAUACCAUGCCCCUGAACAGACUUCAGCUCGCCUGGAGCUGGCCAAACCUCAGCCCACCUUGAGGCCUGGGAUGGGGAAGAGCCAGGCGCCCAUCCUGGAACCCCAGUGCCCACCAUGGGACCCCAGCACCCACCACAGUGUUCAAGGGCAAGAUGGGGAGUGUUUCCUUUUUGUUGGUGAUGCAUGCAAAUCAAAGUGAACAAGAGUACACAAUAAUAAAUCAUAUAUAUACAUAUAUGUAUGUAUAUACAUACAUAUAUACAUAUAUAUAUAUAUAUAUCCACAAAAUGCAACGCCAAAGGUGAGGAAGCUGGCUGGCUAGUGAUGUGGAGCUGGCUCAGCCAGUGCUGCGGCCUGUGCCUCUCCAUCAACUUAUAUUCACACCACGGAAUGCCGCAUGUUUAAACGGGAGAUGUCUCCCCCCUCUUCCCAGGGGGGACAGCCACCUUCUUAUGCCCCUUGCCCCCUUUGUGGGGGUGGAGGGGGGGCUAGUAGGCCUGGGCCCUACACCCUCUCACCUAGGCUAGCCCCAGGGCCUUUGUAGGCAGCUUGGAAGGUCAUUUGGCUGGUCCCAGGGGCCAGCACAGGUCUGAGACUAAGCUGCCUGUUUUUGUUUUUUUUUAAUUUUUAUUUAACUUUAUUUUCUGUUUUGUGAGCGUGUGUCUACCCCACCUCUCCCUUCAGUGUUACGUGGGAGCCCUAGGGGAGUCUCCUACCUCCUCCUCCUCUCCCAAGAUGGCCCCUCCGUCACCAGCCUCCCCUCUGGACCAGUCAGAGGGGUGGACAGGGCGGGCCAAGGCCUGGGAUGGCCUGUCUGGUCCAGCCUGCUGGCCCAAGGACUCCUCAGGCCACUAGGGUUGCCCUGUCCCUUUUUAAAAUAAAAUGCCCUGUUUGUAAACCCUUAGAUGCUUGAGAAUAAAGCCCCCCUCCCUUUUCUUCUGA